AAAGCGAGUCUCCUUAGUCCUAUACUCCUAUUAACAUUAAAACUCUCAUUCCAUAACAAUUCCUAUUUUCACGGACCCUCUCACAAUAUAUUUCUCUCUCUCCUCCUCACAAAAAAAUAAUAAAUUCACAAAAAAAAAAUCCCAUUCUGCAAAUCGUCUCUCUCUCCACUUCAUCAAACCCUUCCUCUGUAAAUCAAUUCUUCAACAAUGGCUUCUCCUCUCAGGCUCUCGUUUUUCGUCGCCGUACUCUCAUUGUUAUUCCUUCUCUCCUCCGCCCUAGACAUGUCGAUUAUAACCUACGACGAGAAACACCAGCGGUCCGAGGGCGACGCCAUGGCGAUGUACGAAUCGUGGCUCGUGAAGCACGGGAAGGCAUACAACGCCAUUGGCGAGAAGGAGAAGCGGUUCCAGAUCUUCAAGGAUAAUUUGAUGUUCGUCGAAGAGCAUAACUCCGCCGACCGGCCGUACAAGGUGGGGAUGAACCGGUUCGCCGAUCUGACCAACGAGGAGUACCGGUCAAUGUUCGUCCGCGGGAGGCUCGACAGGAACGCGCGGCUCAUGAACCGGAGGGCGAGUGAUCGUUACGCGCUCAAGGCGGGGGAGAAAUUGCCGGAGUUUGUUGACUGGAGGGAGAAAGGCGCCGUUGCUCCGGUCAAAGAUCAGGGCCAAUGCGGGAGCUGUUGGGCAUUCUCAACAAUUGCUGCCAUUGAAGGAGUAAACAAGAUAAAAACCGGAGAUAUGAUAGUUUUGUCCGAGCAAGAACUGGUCGAUUGCGACAGUUCCUACAACCAGGGCUGUAAUGGCGGUCUUAUGGAUUACGCCUUUCAGUUCGUGAUCAAGAAUGGUGGCAUAGACACGGAGGAGGAUUAUCCGUACAAAGCUCGUGACGGCACUUGUGACCGACAGAGGAAAAACGCCCGUGUGGUCUCUAUUGAUUCUUACGAAGAUGUUCCAGAAAACGACGAACAAGCGUUGAUGAAAGCUGUGGCAAGUCAACCCGUUAGCGUUGCUAUUGAAGCUGGGGGCAGAGCUUUCCAGCUCUACCAGUCGGGUGUCUUCACCGGUCUAUGCGGGACCGACCUAGACCACGGCGUAGCUGCAGUGGGGUACGGCACAGAGAAUGGCAAAGACUACUGGAUCGUGAGAAACUCGUGGGGUUCAAGCUGGGGAGAAAACGGGUACAUCAGGCUCGAACGGAACCUUGCCAACACCACCACGGGAAAGUGCGGUAUUGCCGUGGAAGCCUCUUACCCCGUCAAGAACGGCGACACCAACCCACCCAAGCCCGCCCCAUCACCGCCAACACCCGUGAAACCAGCCACCGUGUGCGACGACUACUACACCUGCCCCGAGGGGACCACAUGCUGCUGUGUUUACGAGUACGGCAAAUAUUGCUUCGGGUGGGGGUGCUGCCCACUCGAGUCUGCUACUUGCUGUGACGACCAUUCGAGCUGCUGCCCGCAUGAAUACCCUGUUUGUGAUGUUAAAGCCGGCACUUGUUUAGUGAGUAAGGACAGUCCGAUGGGAAUAAAAGCGUUGAAACGAAUCGAUGCGAAGCCACACUGGUCGAGUCAAAAUGGUGGUAGGAAGAUUAGCAGUGCUUGAGAGUUAUUUAUCUGAGUAUUUGUAAAUAAAUUAUUUGCUUUUACUUUUUUCGUUUUAGAAAUUUGGGGGCCUUUUCUUACUGUUGCAAUUUGAAUUUCUUGCUUGUGAUUAUGCAAUGACUGAAUUACUUCAAUACUUUCUGGUGGUUGGUUUCUCUUUUAUGUUUUUUCCCUUUU